CACAUGGAGGAACAGUGUGCCCUGUACACCCCGCCGCCGAAACUCAAGAAAUCAGCUGAGAAGAGUUCCUCGGAGGGGCGUGACACGGCCACAGGGCGGGGAAGAGGUGGGGGGCGUAUGGCAUGUUUUGCCUGGAAUCAGGGUGACUGCCGUUUCCCGGCCUGCAAGUAUCGCCAUGUGUGCGUGCGGUGCGCUGGAGAGCACCGUAUUUCUCAGUGCCCUCUACUGAGGGCUGAAAAGGAUGGCAAGCCCUCACGGGGGCAAGGCGAGACGGAUGGUCGCUGAGAGCUGUCGGGGCGAGGAGUGACUAUGGGAGCUGUUGUAACUGCAGGGCG